AUGCCUUCCUUUUCAUCACGCCAAUUUGUAUUUUCUCUUUCACUGAUUGCAUCCCUCGCAUCAGCUAUCCCAACACCCGAACCAUCGCCUAUUGAGCUACCCAUCCAAUGGACGCGUCGAUUGCAUCGUCGACAAGAGGUGGAGGCCAACGUAACCUAUGGCAUAGGCAUGCUUGAGCCUAUCGUCGAAAUUGGUGUUGGCACCCCUCCCCAACAUUUUACCAUGAUCUUCGAUACCGGUAGUUCUGAUACAUGGGUACCUGCAAAAUCAUGCCACAAAAAGGAUGGAUGCAUGUCUGGACGACACUUUGAUAAAAGCAAAUCAUCGACCGAUAAAUCACUCGACAUGCCAUUCGUCGCUCAUUAUGGUUCAGGCGAUAUGAAAGGCGUCUAUUUUGAAGAUACGGUGACAUUGGGUGGAAAGACACAUGUAAAGCACCAAACGCUUGUGGAUGUGAACGCGACUGCUGGUACAUUUGCUGCCCAAAACCCCAAUGAUCCUCUUGUCAUGGAUGGUCUUUUCGGUGCUGGAUUUCCAGAUUUGAUGGUUGCACGUUGGCAACUUAACCAAACCAACACGAUGCCUAUACCCAUUUCUUUGUAUGAGAACAAGGCGAUUAGUGAACCACUCUUUUCGGUUUAUACGGGUCCUUUGGGUGGUAGUGCUGGUUCAAUCAUCUUUGGUGGUGUACAUUCGUUUGCUGGCAAGCUGCACACCGCAUCGGUAUUAAAAUCCAAGGUCUUCAAUGGUGACGAUACUCGUUUCUAUCAAUGGCGCAUUCAUGUCGAUAAUAUCACAAUGACUGAACCCAGCAGCAAAAUCAGCAGCCUCUUCAAGCUUGGCAAUGAUGAUGAUGAGAAAAAAGAGCAAUUGGUCCUUGGAUACAACAACCCCAAGCACUCAUUCCAUGUGGAUACCGGCACUCCUAUCAGCCGUUUGCCUGUCAAGGAAGUGGAGCAUCUCGCUGCUACCUUGUUUGGUGCAAAAAACAUUGAAUCAACCAAGGAUGGUCGCUUCUUUGUAAACGAGUGCUCGCAAUUCUUUGAGGAAGACAACGUACCCACCCUUUUCAUCACCGUACCUGAUACCUCGUCCAAGCCUUUCCAAUUGAAAUUAGAAGUUGAUGACCUGCUUAUGCGUAACGAAGGUGAGGCCGAUUUGUGUCUCUUUACAUUUGGUGCAAGCAACGAUUACUUGAUCGGCAACAUGAUCAUGUCCAAGUACAUUACCGUAUUCAAUUUCGGUGAUAAGACCGUCAGCUUUGCUUCCAUCAAGAAGGAUGAUUCUGCAUAA